AUGGUCUUGCUUCUCUUUCUGACUUGCCUGGUUUUCUCCUGCCUGACCUUUUCCUGGUUAAAAGUCUGGGGGAAGAUGACAGACUCGAAGCCGCUCACCAGCAGUAAGGUAGAAGCGAGCCUCCUUUCAAGCGAGGGGUCCCUUUCAGCCUCCGAACCAUCGGAGGAGCAGCUACAGAAACAUGGUGACUGCAGCUGUCUGGCGACAACUCCUGACCUGGAGGAGCUGGCCUCCCACAGACGUCCCAGAGAAGCCAGUCAGCAGACGAACUCCAUGCCAAGCUCGGACCAGAAGCCUCCGAGGAACCCACUGUCUUCCAAUGACAGCUGGCCCUCCCCAGAACUCCAAACCAACUGGACAGCGGCCCCCGGCUCAGAGGUUCCAGAUGCCAGUGGGUUGUCCUUCCCAGCCAGGCCUCCGAGCCAGAGAACCGUAUCCCCCUCCAGAGAGGACAAGAAGCAGGCACACAUCAAGAGGCAGCUGAUGACCAGCUUCAUCCUGGGGUCCCUGGAUGACAACUCCUCUGACGAGGACCCUGGCGCUGGCUCCUUCCAGAACUCCUCCCGGAAGGGCAGCAGGGCUAGCCUGGGCACCCUGUCCCUGGAGGCAGCUUUGAACACAAGUGAUCCUGAGUCUCACACACCUACUAUGAGGCCCAGCAUGUCUGGACUGCAUCUGGUAAAGAGAGGCCGUGAACACAAGAAACUGGACCUGCACAGAGAUUUCACUGUGGCUUCCCCAGCCGAGUUCGUCACCCGAUUUGGAGGCAACAGGGUCAUCGAGAAGGUGCUGAUCGCCAACAAUGGCAUCGCUGCGGUCAAGUGCAUGCGCUCCAUCCGCCGCUGGGCCUACGAGAUGUUCCGAAACGAACGUGCCAUCUGGUUCGUGGUCAUGGUGACGCCCGAGGAUCUCAAGGCCAACGCAGAAUACAUCAAGAUGGCGGAUCAGUACGUUCCUGUCCCAGGAGGGCCCAAUAACAACAACUACGCCAACGUCGAACUCGUCAUAGACAUUGCCAAGAGAAUCCCCGUGCAGGCCGUUUGGGCAGGCUGGGGCCACGCUUCGGAAAACCCCAAACUUCCAGAGCUGCUGUGCAAACACGGGAUUGCUUUCCUAGGUCCCCCGAGUGAGGCCAUGUGGGCCCUGGGAGACAAGAUUGCCUCCACCAUCGUAGCCCAGACACUGCAGAUCCCAACCCUACCCUGGAGCGGAAGCGGUCUCACAGUGGAGUGGACAGAGGACAGCCGGCAUCAGGGCAAAUGCAUCAGUGUCCCGGAAGACAUUUACGAGCAGGGCUGUGUGAAAGAUGUGGAUGAAGGCCUGAAGGCAGCAGAAAAAGUAGGAUUUCCUUUGAUGAUCAAAGCCUCUGAAGGUGGAGGAGGGAAAGGAAUCCGCAAGGCUGAGAGCGCAGAGGACUUCCCAAUGCUUUUCCGACAAGUGCAGAGUGAGAUCCCCGGCUCUCCGAUCUUUCUCAUGAAGCUGGCCCAGAACGCACGGCACCUGGAGGUCCAGGUCUUGGCAGAUCAGUAUGGGAACGCUGUGUCACUGUUCGGACGAGACUGCUCCAUCCAGAGGCGGCACCAGAAGAUCAUUGAGGAGGCUCCGGCCACCAUCGCUGCUCCCGCUGUGUUUGAGUUUAUGGAACAGUGUGCCGUUCUCCUAGCCAAGACCGUGGGUUAUGUGAGCGCGGGGACGGUGGAGUAUCUGUACAGUCAGGAUGGCAGCUUCCACUUCUUGGAGCUGAACCCACGCCUGCAGGUUGAGCAUCCGUGCACUGAAAUGAUCGCUGAUGUCAACCUGCCCGCCGCACAGUUGCAGAUCGCCAUGGGUGUGCCCCUGCACCGGCUGAAGGACAUACGGCUUCUGUAUGGAGAGUCCCCCUGGGGAGUGACCCCCAUUCCUUUUGAGACCCCCUUGAGCCCUCCCAUUGCCCGAGGCCACGUCAUUGCGGCCAGGAUCACCAGUGAAAACCCAGACGAGGGCUUUAAGCCGAGCUCGGGGACGGUGCAGGAGCUGAACUUCCGCAGCAACAAGAACGUGUGGGGUUACUUCAGUGUGGCCGCGGCCGGGGGCUUGCACGAGUUCGCCGAUUCCCAGUUUGGGCACUGCUUCUCCUGGGGCGAGAACCGUGAAGAGGCCAUUUCGAACAUGGUGGUGGCUUUGAAGGAACUGUCCAUCCGGGGUGACUUCCGGACCACUGUGGAAUAUCUCGUUAACCUUCUGGAGACAGAGAGCUUCCAGAACAACGAUAUCGACACAGGGUGGCUGGACCACCUCAUCGCUCAGCGGGUGCAGGCAGAGAAGCCGGACAUCAUGCUGGGGGUGGUGUGUGGGGCCUUGAACGUGGCGGACUCGAUGUUCAGAACCUGCAUGACGGAAUUCUUGCACUCCCUGGAGAGGGGUCAGGUCCUCCCGGCUGACUCUCUGCUGAACAUUGUGGACGUUGAGUUGAUUUACGGAGGCGUCAAGUAUGUUCUCAAGGUGGCCCGGCAGUCCCUGACCAUGUUCGUCCUCAUCAUGAACGGCUGCCACAUCGAGAUCGAUGCCCACCGGUUGAACGACGGGGGUCUGCUCCUGUCCUACAAUGGCAGCAGUUACACCACGUACAUGAAGGAAGAGGUAGACAGUUACCGGAUCACUAUCGGCAAUAAGACGUGCGUGUUUGAAAAGGAAAACGACCCCACUGUCCUGAGAUCCCCCUCGGCUGGGAAGCUGAUGCAGUACACGGUGGAAGACGGAGACCACGUGGAAGCUGGGAGCAGCUAUGCGGAGAUGGAGGUGAUGAAGAUGAUCAUGACCCUGAAUGUGCAGGAGAGUGGCCGGGUGAAGUACAUCAAGCGGCCCGGCGUUAUACUGGAGGCUGGCUGCGUGGUGGCGAGGCUAGAACUCGAUGACCCUUCAAAAGUGCACGCGGCGCAGCUGUUCACGGGGGAGCUCCCUGUCCAGCAGACUCUGCCCAUCCUUGGGGAGAAGCUGCAUCAGGUGUUCCACAGCGUCUUGGAUAAUCUGACCAAUGUCAUGAGUGGCUACUGCCUGCCCGAGCCCUUCUUCAGCAUGAAGCUGAAGGACUGGGUCCAGAAGCUCAUGAUGACGCUCCGGCAUCCCUCCCUUCCUCUGCUGGAGCUGCAGGAGAUCAUGACCAGCGUGGCAGGCCGCAUCCCGGCCCCUGUGGAGAAGGCAGUCCGCAGGGUGAUGGCCCAGUACGCCAGCAACAUCACCUCGGUCCUCUGCCAGUUCCCCAGCCAGCAGAUAGCCACCAUCUUGGACUGCCACGCCGCCACCCUGCAGCGCAAGGCGGACCGAGAGGUCUUCUUCAUGAACACACAGAGCAUCGUGCAACUGAUCCAGAGAUACCGCAGCGGGACCCGUGGCUACAUGAAGGCUGUGGUGCUGGACCUCCUGAGGAGAUAUCUGAACGUGGAACAUCAUUUCCAGCAAGCCCACUAUGACAAGUGCGUGAUCAACUUGAGGGAGCAGUUCAAGCCGGACAUGACCCAGGUGCUGGACUGCAUCUUCUCACACUCCCAGGUGGCCAAGAAGAACCAGCUGGUGACCAUGCUGAUAGAUGAGCUGUGUGGCCCAGACCCCACCCUGUCCGAUGAACUGACCGCCAUCCUCAACGAGCUCACACAGCUGAGCAGGAGCGAGCACUGCAAGGUGGCUCUCAGAGCCAGACAGGUCCUGAUUGCCUCUCACCUCCCUUCUUAUGAGCUACGGCACAACCAGGUGGAGUCCAUCUUUCUGUCCGCCAUCGACAUGUAUGGCCACCAGUUCUGCCCAGAAAACCUCAAGAAAUUAAUACUUUCAGAAACGACCAUAUUCGACGUUCUGCCCACUUUCUUCUAUCAUGCUAACAAGGUCGUCUGUAUGGCGUCCCUGGAGGUUUACGUGCGGAGAGGCUACAUCGCCUACGAGUUAAACAGCCUGCAGCACAGGGAGCUCCCAGACGGCACCUGCGUGGUGGAGUUCCAGUUCAUGCUGCCCUCUUCACACCCCAACCGGAUGGCCGUGCCCAUCAGCGUCUCUAACCCUGACCUGCUGAGGCACAGUACGGAACUCUUCAUGGACAGCGGCUUCUCCCCACUGUGCCAGCGGAUGGGGGCCAUGGUGGCCUUCAGGAGAUUUGAGGAAUUCACCAGGAACUUCGAUGAAGUCAUCUCCUGCUUCGCCAACAUCCCUACAGACACUCCGCUCUUCAGUAAGGCUUGCACCUCCCUGUACUCGGAGGAUGACGGCAAGAGCCUUCGAGAGGAGCCCAUCCAUAUCUUGAAUGUGGCCAUCCAGUAUGCCGACCACGUGGAGGACGAAGCGCUGGUGCCAGUCUUCCGUGCUUUUGUGCAGUCCAAGAAACACAUCCUCAUGGAUCACGGACUCCGAAGAAUCACAUUCCUUAUUGCUCAAGAGAGAGAAUUUCCCAAGUUCUUCACCUUCAGAGCGAGAGACGAGUUUGCAGAAGACCGGAUUUAUCGCCACUUGGAGCCUGCCCUGGCCUUCCAGCUGGAGCUGAGCCGGAUGCGUAACUUUGACCUGACUGCCGUGCCCUGUGCCAACCAUAAGAUGCAUCUUUACUUGGGAGCUGCCAAGGUGAAGGAAGGGCUGGAGGUGACUGACCACAGGUUCUUUAUCCGAGCCAUCAUCCGACACUCAGACCUGAUCACCAAGGAAGCCUCCUUCGAGUACCUGCAGAACGAAGGGGAGCGGCUGCUGCUGGAAGCCAUGGACGAGCUGGAGGUGGCUUUCAACAACACCAGCGUGCGCACCGACUGCAACCACAUCUUCCUCAACUUCGUGCCCACCGUCAUCAUGGACCCACUCAAGAUCGAGGAGUCGGUGCGUGCCAUGGUUAUGCGCUAUGGCAGCCGGCUGUGGAAACUCCGCGUGCUGCAGGCCGAGGUUAAGAUCAACAUCCGGCAGACAACCUCGGACAGCGCCAUCCCCAUCCGCCUCUUCAUCACCAACGAGUCCGGCUACUACCUGGACAUCAGCCUCUACAAAGAAGUGACGGACUCCAGAUCUGGAAACAUCAUGUUUCAUUCCUUUGGUAACAAGCAAGGGAGCCUGCACGGGAUGUUGAUCAACACGCCCUAUGUCACCAAGGAUCUGCUCCAGGCCAAGCGAUUCCAGGCGCAGUCCCUGGGGACCACCUAUGUGUACGACUUUCCGGAGAUGUUCAGACAGGCUCUCUUUAAACUGUGGGGCUCCCCAGAGAAGUACCCCAAAGAUAUCCUGACAUACACAGAGCUGGUGUUGGACUCCCAGGGCCAGCUGGUGGAGAUGAACCGGCUUCCCGGUUGUAACGAGGUGGGCAUGGUGGCCUUCAAAAUGAGGUUCAAGACCCCGGAGUAUCCAGAAGGCCGGGACGCCAUUGUCAUCAGCAACGACAUCACCUUCCAAAUAGGCUCUUUCGGCGUAGGGGAGGACUUCCUGUACCUUCGGGCAUCUGAGAUGGCCCGGACAGAGGGCAUCCCCCAGAUCUACCUGGCAGCUAACAGUGGGGCCCGUAUGGGCCUGGCUGAGGAGAUCAAACAGAUAUUCCAAGUGGCUUGGGUGGACCCAGAAGAUCCCCACAAAGGAUUUAGAUACCUGUACCUGACGCCCCAAGACUACACCCGGAUCAGCUCCCAGAACUCGGUACACUGCAAGCACAUCGAGGAUGAAGGUGAAUCCAGGUACAUCAUCGUGGAUGUCAUCGGGAAGGAUGGUGGCCUGGGUGUGGAGAACCUGAGGGGCUCAGGCAUGAUUGCAGGAGAAGCUUCCCUGGCUUAUGAGAAAACUGUCACCAUCAGCAUGGUAACCUGCCGCGCCCUUGGGAUCGGGGCUUACCUGGUGAGGCUCGGACAGCGGGUGAUCCAAGUGGAAAACUCUCACAUCAUCCUCACAGGGGCCAGUGCUCUCAACAAGGUUCUGGGAAGAGAGGUCUACACAUCCAACAACCAGCUGGGCGGCGUGCAGAUCAUGCACACCAACGGAGUCUCCCACGUCACUGUGCCAGAUGACUUUGAGGGUGUCUGCACCAUUCUGGAAUGGCUGUCCUAUAUGCCGAAGGACAAUCGCAGCCCAGUCCCCAUCAUCACUCCUUCUGACCCCAUCGACAGGGAAAUUGAAUUCACCCCAACCAAAGCUCCCUAUGACCCCAGGUGGCUGCUUGCAGGGAGGCCUCACCCAACUCUGAAGGGGACCUGGCAGAGUGGGUUCUUCGACCACGGCAGUUUCAAGGAAAUCAUGGCACCUUGGGCCCAGACUGUGGUGACCGGAAGAGCAAGGCUGGGGGGCAUCCCUGUGGGAGUGAUUGCCGUGGAGACUCGGCCUGUGGAGGUGGCUGUCCCUGCUGACCCUGCCAACUUGGAUUCUGAGGCCAAGAUCAUCCAGCAGGCGGGCCAGGUGUGGUUCCCGGACUCGGCCUACAAGACGGCGCAGGUCAUCAGGGACUUCAACAGGGAGCGCCUGCCUCUCAUCAUCUUUGCCAACUGGAGAGGCUUCUCUGGCGGCAUGAAGGACAUGUAUGAACAGAUGCUGAAGUUUGGCGCCUACAUCGUGGAUGGCCUCCGCCUGUUCAAGCAGCCAAUUCUCAUCUACAUCCCACCCUGUGCUGAGCUCCGUGGGGGCUCCUGGGUCGUCCUCGACUCCACCAUUAACCCCCUGUGCAUAGAGAUGUACGCGGACAAAGAGAGCAGGGGUGGUGUUCUGGAGCCUGAGGGCACAGUGGAGAUUAAGUUUCGGAAGAAAGAUCUGGUGAAGACCAUACGGAGGAUAGACCCAGUGUGUAAGAAGCUCCUGGGACAGUUGGGGAAAGCCCAGCUCCCUGACAAGGACCGGAAAGAGCUGGAGGGCCAGCUGAAGGCCCGAGAGGACCUGCUGUUCCCCAUCUACCACCAGGUGGCAGUGCAGUUCGCUGACCUGCACGACACACCGGGCCACAUGCUGGAAAAGGGAAUCAUUUCUGAUGUCCUAGAAUGGAAGACAGCGCGCACCUUCUUAUACUGGAGGCUGCGCCGGCUCCUGCUGGAGGCCCAGGUGAAACAGGAGAUCCUCCGAGCCAGCCCCGAGCUGAGCCACGAGCACACGCAGUCCAUGCUGCGACGCUGGUUUGUGGAGACAGAGGGCGCUGUCAAGGCCUACCUGUGGGACAGCAACCAGGUGGUGGUCCAGUGGUUGGAACAGCACUGGUCAGCCAGGGACAGCCUGCGUUCCACCAUCCGUGAGAACAUCAAUUAUCUGAAGCGGGACUCUGUCCUCAAGACCAUCCAAAGUCUGGUUCAAGAACACCCAGAGGUGACCAUGGACUGCGUGGCAUACCUGAGCCAGUACCUCACGCCAGCUGAGCGGAUACAGGUGGUUCAGCUGCUGUCUACCACGGAGAGCCCGGCUUCCUCCUGAGCAACUCCGGCCAUCCCCAGGACCCACGGGGGCAGUGGGCGUGGCAUGCAAACCCCUGGACAGUGGGCGUGGCAUGCGGACCCCCCCCAGUGGGCGUGGCGUGCGGACCCCCCAGUGGGCGUGGCGUGCGGCUGGCCUUCCAUGGGACGCUGGGGGCUUAUUUUGGGAAAAUUCAGGAAGCCACCCUGAGUACUCUGAACGUAACUGCUGUUCCUGACCAGCGUCUUCCUGGACAAAAGGCCCCUGUGUCCCUGUUAGGUGGGUGCAGCCUCUCCUCACCCCAGGGACUUCAGGGUCGUCCGCCGCUGCCUCUCUGAGGAGAACUGAACCAGUCGCUCCAGGUUCCUUGUGAUUUUUGCCUGGGAUGGGGAUCCAGUGUCUCAGCGCUCACUGUCCGAUCACAAGACAACUCGUACCAACCACGCUGGUUUGCACUCAGCCCCCUGUGUCCUUCAGCUGAGUAAACGGGCCAAAGAAAACAUCUUUUGGUGAUGAAGCUUAUUAGACACUUAGGUACCCAGGCAAGAACAAAAAUGAUUUCCUUUUUUUUUUUUUUUUUUCUGAAAAUUUUUAUUUAAGAGAAGAAAAUGACAUUUUGUUCUCCAAGUGGCCCUAGUGAGGCAGGGCAACCGUCUUAUAGACAGCCUCUUCCAUUAGAGAGAUUCUCCAGAGAUAAAGGACAAAUGGACUGGAUGCUUGGCAUCCGGCAGGGACUGGACCUCACUCCAUGGAUUGACCACCCAUAUGGUACCCAGUGCCUUCCUGCCUGAGCGCAGCGAGGCUGCCCCUCCUCCCUCCCAGGACCCCUGACCAAUACACUUCCUCACCUUGUGCCUUGAUACCACGGCAGGAGCCAACAACUCUGGGCCAGUGACCCAGGACUGUGCUGCAAACACUCUAGUUCUGCUCACAGAGACUUUCCCAGCACCCACAGGCUCUGCAGCGUCCGGGUCUGAAUGAGACAUUCUGUGCCAUGUCAGGGGCUGGGGAAGCCAUUGGGGGUGAAGGGUUCUUCUGGGCAAGGUCCAGACCGCCACUAGCUGCUGCCCUGACCACUUGAGUGCACUGAAGAGGCUGCCGGGAGAUCUGCAAAAUAAACUAUUU